AUGAUGUUGGAAGCAAGGGAUAGUAUAGAGCAGGCAAUCUGGUGGGAGCCAAAGAUUGGAAGUUCAAACAUCUGGUUUGACAAUUGGACUAAGCUAGGUGCUCUUAGCUAUGUGGUUCCCCAGUCCUGGAAAAUUAAUGAUCAUGCUGAAGAUGUUUCUGAGCUUAUGUCAAAUGGAGGAUGGAAUAUCAGUAAACUCAUGCAGCUGUUUCCUGAAGAUAUUGUGCAGCAUAUAAUACAGGAAAUUGACAUUAAGUAUGCAUCAAGUGAAUGGGACAGACCUUGGUGGAUGAUGACAAGUACAAGGAGGUUUACAAAGUUUAAAGUGCCAAUUGAUGAAGUGGUGGAAAGUAUUGGCAUCCCAAUAGUCUCAAAGUGUUGUUGUUGUCAUACUGCUCAGAUUGAGACUAUAAACCAUCUGUUUCUGUGUGGAGAUUUGGCUACAAAGGUAUGGAGAUACUUUAAUAUGGGGGCUGGAUUGAGCAUGAAUUGUGUUCAGAUCAAACAUGCCAUCAGAUGUUGGUGGGAAGCAAAAUGCCAUUUCAAAAUGAAGACCAUAUACAAAGCAGUGCCUGCUUUUAUUGUGUGGCAAAUAUGGAAAUGGAGAAACAAUAGGCUAUAUGGUGGUAAUACGAAUCUGAAUAGAGUGCUAUAUGACAUAAAUCUGAACAUUUAUAUGUUAUGUAAUGUUCAGUUUCCUGGGCUAAAUAUUCCAUCUAGAUGGCAUCAGAUUGUUCAAUUCUUUGAAGGAUAUAAGCCUACUGUUAUAUGCAGAAUUAUUAAAUGGAUGAGACCUGCACUUGGAUUCUACAAGUGUAAUACUGAUGGAGCUGCUAAAGGAAAUCAAGGACCAAGUUCUGCUGCUUUUUGUAUCAGAAAUGAAGAGGGAGAUUUGGUAUAUGCAGCUGCUAAAAGUCUGACAGAUGGAACAAAUAUUGUGGCUGAGGCUGAGGCUAUUAGAAUGGGAUUGAGGUACUGUGUGGAAAAACAGCGUUUUCCAUUGCUUAUAGAGACUGAUUCCAUGACCAUGAAGAAGAUUUUAAAUGCUGAAUAG